GUCUUGUCCUGUCUUGAGAUUCGCAAAACCCUUAAAAUGCGGUCCUUAUGAUUGCAGCAGCAUUCGAUCUUCGAAUAGCGAUGGCUUCAAGCAUCGCGGACUGGUGUGUGUGAGAUUUUCAAGACACCAUUGCAGAUUGUCUUGAGCAGCGGUGUUCCGUUACACAGCCGUUAUUCAAGAAGCGGCAUUGUCGAUCCGCUGACCUUACAGGUCUGUUUCGCUCAGAAGCUGAUACUUAAAGGAACCAGUGAGAAGAAAUGGAGUAAAAUGUGAAAGUGAAUCGUCUCAACCGCUGUGAUUGUACUUUGCUCGUGUGAUGGUGUUUCUGUGAUGAUAAAUCUUGUUCAAUUUUGUGUACAUGAAUUAGCGCCCACUUUCUACCAAAAUCGGGCACAGCUCAAAUUCACCUGGCUAUAACAUACUUAGCAUUAACAUAGUGGGCGCAUGUGAUAUCGGAAAAAGAAGUUUCAACUGUGUUAUCGAUUAACUACUUUGGUUUGCCAGCAGAGAACAUAGCUGUGAUAAUGAAGCAAAAAAACAAAAUAACGGUCCUAGAUCUUAUACUUCUGUGGGCCUUAAAGGCAGUAAAGCAGUUUAUAGAUCGGAUCAACAGCUCUAACCACGACCCGAACCGAAAGGUGGUCACACCUGCAAUUGCAACGCGCUUUCUGCUGGCUCGCAAAUAUGACAUUGCACGGGCGAUGGCGCUGUAUGAGCAACACGAACUGAUCCGUCAGCGAGAAGGAUUGUAUGGUUUCGAUCCGAUGGUUGACCCGCUGCGAUCGGAGUUGGAAACUGGGAAGUUUACGAUCCUGCCUGGGCGUGACGCCAGUGGAGCUGCUAUCGCUCUGUUUACCGCCAACCUGCAUUAUCCAAUGACGGUCACACACAAAACCACCUUGCAGGGUGUUGUAUAUCAACUCGAUGUGGCAUUACAAAAUACUGAUACUCAAAAAGCCGGGCUGGUGUUCAUCUAUGAUAUGAGCACAUCCAAAUACUCCAACUUCGACUAUGAUCUCUCUCAGAAAAUUCUUACAUUAUUGAAGGGAGGAUAUCCUGCUCGACUUAAAAAGGUUCUUAUUGUGACAGCACCCUUGUGGUUUAAAGCACCGUUUAAAAUACUUCGUCUGUUCGUCCGAGAGAAGCUACGUGAACGUGUUUUCACUGUUUCUAUUCCUCAGUUGAGCUUACAUGUCCCACGCGACUCUCUUCCGGUUCGAUUAGGUGGAACGCUAGAAGUUGAUCAUUCCUCAUGGUUGCUUCAUUGUUACAAAUCGAUGACGAACCGUGAGGAGGAAAUAAUUGCCGGAACAGGCCAACAGCAAGCGCAGCCAUCAGGAGCGAACGGUAGCAGUCCCGUUAUGGGUAGUGCCGGUAUAGCAGCAAUCACUGCCGGUACAGCCACUCUGAAUACAACGGCGUCUGAGCUGGCCGGUGUGGAGUUUGUUGGAGCAAGCAGUCAACCGACAGUGGAGGAUAACAUAAACGUAGAGGAUAUAAGCGACAUAGCUGCAGUAGGUUUGAAUCAGCAUCAUCACGUUAACCAUGUUGGAAGCCAUCAUCAUACGAGCAGUACCAAUGAAAUGUGGACAGAGAACCCCCCGAGCAGUGCUUCGUCCGGUUUCAGCGACGAUGACAGUUUGGCUGGCGCGGAAGGUGAUCCCAAAACGAUUGAUCAGAUAGUGCAGAUGGUUCGAGAGCGGGGUAAACUUGGGCUUACUCGGGAGUAUGCCGAAAUAAAAGCUCGCGCACCAGAUGGAACAUUUUCAAACGCAAAACUUAGAGACAAUCUUGCUAAGAAUCGCUACACAGACGUGCUGUGUUACGAUCAUAGUCGAGUGGUGUUGUCACAGGAAGACGACGAUCGGUCAACAGAUUACAUAAACGCCAACUUUGUCGAUGGCUACAAACAAAAAAAUGCGUACAUCUCUACUCAAGGGCCCCUGCCUAAAACUUCGUACGACUUUUGGCGCAUGGUUUGGGAACAGCACUGUUUGCUAAUCGUCAUGACGACGCGAGUAAUGGAGCGUGGUCGUGCUAAGUGCGGACAGUAUUGGGAGCCGAAUGAGGGCGGAGUAGCUGAGUUCUGUUCCUUUCGAGUGCGGACCAUGUCGAUAGAAACCAACGAAGACUACACUGUAGUGGAGAUAGAAAUAAGAAAUACUAAGACUGAUGAGGUAAGGUGCGUAUCGCAUUGGCAGUUCACCAGUUGGCCCGACUACGGUGUACCGUCAUCGGCAAAGGCCAUGCUAAACUUCUUACAACGCGCUCGUGAGAAGCAGGCUGAAAUGGUACGAUCGUUGGGAGAUUUAUGGGCCGGUCAUCCUCGUGGUCCACCAAUAGUAGUCCACUGCAGUGCCGGAAUCGGACGAACGGGUACCUUCAUUACCCUGGACAUUUGCAUAUCGCGCCUUGAAGAUGUUGGAACGGCUGAUAUUAAAGGAACCGUAGAAAAAAUUCGCUCUCAGCGUGCAUAUUCGAUCCAAAUGCCGGACCAGUAUGUCUUUUGUCACAUAGCGUUGAUCGAAUAUGCACUUUCUCGUGGAAUGCUGCAGUCGGUUGAUCUAUCUGAAUUUGACGAUCGGGACGAGGAAUCCGACUAAACGCUACUACUACAGAACAAGAAUUCAUACAAGUGAUGGAGAACAUAGUACAGUGGUUGCAAAGGGAGGAAUACUAUUGUCAUAGAUUGUACAGUAGAUAAUUUUUUGUAAAUUUCCUGUUUAGAAUGGAAUGGAAAUACGUAUUCUUUAGAUAUUUGGUAUAAUGUUUGGUUUAGUUUAACUUCAGCUCCGCUUUGCUUUGUAAAGGGAAUACGUUUGUACGAAAACUUCACGACUCAACCGAACAUGUUUAAUUGUUUAACAGUUCUUUCUUUUGCUGAUAGAAUUUCUAGGAACUAUGUUAGUUAGCACAUAAGAAAGUAUUUGAAAAAGGUAAAGUGUCAAUCGAAUAGGUUUAUCAUUUCUGCUCCAAUAAUCAUAGAAGAUAAGGUUACGGUAAUUACCAAAAGCAUGAAUGGCUUAAUUUAUUUAAAUUCCUAAUUCCCUUGUACCCUACUUUACAAACAGAUUUCAUAAGCACGUUCGUUCGAAAGUGUGGUCCAUUUACAAUCAAAAGCAGUUUCAGAGUUGUAUAUUACUUGAGAAUUUAUUUUACUAAUUGUAAUAUUUGGGUAAUCGAAACCCCGCUAGCAACCUGAUGGUGGUAUGUAAGAAAGUAUAUAAAAUAAAAAUCAAACUGUCCUGCCCA